CGACCGCAUCCCCUCAAGACUCCCCCACGAUGGUCAACCUUCGCUCUCAAAAGAGGCUCGCCGCCUCCGUCGCUGGCGUCGGCAAGCGCAAAAUCUGGCUCGACCCCAACGAGCAGGCCGAGAUCGGCAAUGCCAACUCCCGCUCCCACAUCAAGAAGCUCUUCAAGGACGGUCACAUCCUUGCCAAGCAGACAAAUGUCCACUCCCGCGCCCGCACCCUCGAGCUCCUCGCCGCUAAGCGCAAGGGCAGGCACACCGGUGUCGGAAAGCGAAAGGGUACGAACGAGGCCAGGAUGCCGUCCAAGGUGCUCUGGAUGAGGAGACAGCGUGUGCUCAGGCGGUUGCUGAGGAAGUACAGAGAGGCUGGCAAAAUCGACAAGCAUCUCUACCACUCGCUCUACCAGAAGUCCAAGGGUAACGUCUUCAAGAACAAGCGUGUCCUCAUGGAAUACAUUCACAAGGCCAAGGCCGAGAAGAGCCGGACAAAGGUCCUCACCGACCAGAUGGAGGCUCGCCGUGUCAAGAACAAGGCUGCCCGCGAGCGUCGUGCGGCCCGUGUUCUGGAGAAGAGGCAGGGGAUCAUCGCAGUGGAGCACGAGGAGGCCAAGGAGUAAAUAUGAACACACACCACCCUCCCAUCUUCAUAUUCUCCUCUUCUUCCUCUCUGGUCUUUGCGUCGUCGUCCCCGUCCGCUCUCCUGUAUCCAUCGCCCGCCUGCACUCACACGAUUACCACAUAUGCUGCAUGCCACUUUCUCUCCGUUUCGCCGUCGAAGAUAUAAGAUCGCACGCCUUCCAUGCUCGCAUGUACUCCUUUAUUUGCAUAAGAAUGCUUUCUUUUGCGCCCU